AUGGUCGUGGAGUCCAUUUCACGUCUUGAUAACAAUCGCGGAACGCGUCUUGGUCUAGUGGAUGGCUUCAUGAAAAACCAUCUCAAGGGAUAUAUCAACAUGCUCGACAAAAACGACCUACGUGACACCCGAGUGUUCAAACUGACGGUUUGGGACCCUAACAACCGCUCUACUGGAAGGCCUUGCUUCGAGGUGGGGAACCUGUACAAGUUCAGGAAAAUCCAUUCGCUGUCAUUUUACCACGAGUUGCUGCAGGGAUGCCUGCAGUCUGUCGCUGCUACGAAACCUGGCCUCAUCGAAAAAUUUCCUGACUUUGACUCUGGAAAGCGCGCGCUUGGCCGAUCAAGGUGGCUCUCAUGA